UUGCCGAGAUAGCUUAACUAGAACUCCAUGCGCGUUUCUCGGGGGCAGUCCCGCAACAACCUUGAGCACGCACCGAACCUUCGCAUCCACAUAACGACAAUAUUUAUUCUGCAUUGACUGACGGUCACGCAGUUGCGGGAAACAUUGGUCAACGGCAGCAAUCGACGCGACACCCUCACCUCACACAAAGCCCCGACCUAGCCCGAACGACGGACCGCACACCACCCUCCCAACCACCAACCGCGCCCACAGCCCGACGGGUACACUCCCAAGGCGUCUCCCCCUCACCAUGGCGGCACCCGCGCGGCCGGCGGCGGCGGGGCCCGCUGCGCCCGCGCCCGAGGACUCGGCGCCCAAGCUGCUAUGGAACACGGAGAACGUCAAGGACGUGGCCGAGUCGGUCGGGAUCCCCAACAUCGGCGAGGACGCGCUGCGGUGCCUGUCGCAGGACGUCGAGUACCGCAUCGGCCAGGUCAUCGUCGAGGCGCUGCGCUUCAUGCGCGCCGCCAACCGCACGACCCUGACGGUCCAGGACACGUCGCAGGCCUUCAAGGUGCUCGACGUCGAGCCGCUGUACGGCUACGACUCGACCCGGCCGCUGCGGUACGGCGAGGCGAGCCUUGGGCCUGGCCAGCCGCUCUUCUACAUUGACGACGAGGAGGUAGAUUUUGAGAAGCUGAUAAACGCCCCGCUGCCCAAGGUGCCCAGGGACAUGAGCUUCACAGCACACUGGCUCGCCGUCGAGGGCGUGCAGCCGUCGAUCCCGCAGAACCCCACGACGGCCGAGUCGCGGGCGCAGGAGCUGAUACCAAAGGGCCCCGGCGCCAACCCGGCGCUCUCGGCGCUGGCGGGCAACGACAACCUCGCCUUCCACCCGGCCGUCAAGCAGAUAAUAAGCAAGGAGCUGGUGCUAUACUUUGACAAGAUCCAGGCAGCCGUGCUGGACGACAGCCCGGACGAGGAGACGGCGCGCCUGCGCGAGGCGGCGCUCGAGUCGGUCCGCACCGACCCGGGCCUGCACCAGCUCGUGCCCUACUUUGCAAACUUCAUCGCCAACCAGGUCACGCACCGCCUCGAUGACACCUUCACCCUGCGCAUGAUGAUGGAGCUCACCGCCGCCCUCGUCGACAACCCGCACCUGUUCCUGGACCCCUACGCCGGCCCGCUGUCGGCCCCCGUGCUGACGGCGCUCAUGAGCCGCAAGAUUGGUGGUGGUGGCGCUUCUGCUCCCACUGCUGCUGCUGCUCCUGCUCCUACCGCCAGCAACGGCAGCGGCAUGGACGUCGACGGCGCCGUGGCGGCCCCCGCGGCGCCGCCGGCGGACCCGAUCCACGACCAGUUCCUGCUGCGCGAGUUCGCCGCCAGCCUGCUCGGGCGCAUCGCGACAAAGUACACGCGCGCCAACAAGCACCUGCGCUCCAAGCUCACGCGCACGUGCCUCAAGUACCUGCUCGACCCCACAAAGCCGCCCGCCGUGCUGUACGGCGCCCUCAACGGCCUGGCCGCCGCCGGCGGGCCCGAGGCCUUUAGGGUCCUGGUCCUGCCAAACCUCAAGAGCUUCGACGCCGCCGUGCUGCAGCCGCUGCAGGAGCGCGCGGGCGCGGGCGCGGGCGGGGGUGGGGGCGCUGCUGCCGCCGCCGCCGCCGCCGCCGGAAUCGAGUUCGAGGCGCUGGCCGGCGCCAUCGUCAAGAACACGCUCGCGCUCGGUGACCACGACCCGGCCGUGCCCAACGGCGUCAACGGCGGAAUGGCGGCCUCCCUCGAGGAGUCAGAGCUCGUCGACUUCCUCGGCCCCAUCGUCGGGGCCCGCAUCGCGGCCCUGGGCGACCACAAGCUCAACAGGAUCGUGCUCGCGGCCAGGAAUAUUGAAUAGCAUAUCUAUUCUUGGCUGGGGACCCUUGAAUGAUGGGGACGUGGCUUCUCACUUUCAUGUUCACUUUUUUUUUCUGCCUCGUUUUCACACAAAUGGUUCUGGCGCCCGGAGUCUUUUUUCAGGACAUCUGAGCCUUACUUUAUUCACAACUGGUUUAUAUUCCCCAAAGAGACUCGUCGUCUUCUUGCGCGUCUUGGGAUUGAAAAGGACGCCAGCAUCAACAGGGCAAGUCAUCCAGCUGCCCGACGGUUACGUGGGGAUGCAUCAAAUGUCAUUCGGCGGCACGAUAAUCCACAGGUCGCAUGGGGCAUUUGUUGUCCUUCACCCCCUGAUGAUGCUCACCAUGGAAUCUGAGCAUCUCUUAUCCAAACAAAUAAUAAAAAUGGGCAACUGGCCUGGAUCCCCCUGGAUUAGCUUAGCGUCUAUACUCGUCGGAGCCGUAGAGUAUCCGAACAACACCUGCUCCUCG